UCUGUGUUAGAGAAAAUGAUAUGAUUGUGUUGGAUAAUAGUGAAAAAGAAAAUAAGAAGAUACAAGCAAUAUCUGUAGUAGUUAAAGUACCCAUAGUAUAUAAAGUGAUCAAAGUUUAUAUAUUACAAUCUACAACUUUUAAUCAAAGGUGA